GGUUUUGGGGGGGAGGGGUAUCUGGUUGGGCGGAGAAGGGAAGAGAGGAGCAGACACCUCUCCUUACUCCGGUGACACUCAGUUAUGGCGAACGCGGGAUUCCAGCUGCUCGGCUUCGCGCUGGCAUUCAUCGGCUGGGUGGGGGUGAUCACCAGCACGGCGCUGCCCCAGUGGCGGACCUCGUCCUACGCCGGGGACAACAUUGUCACGGCCCAGGCCAUCUAUGAGGGGCUCUGGAUGUCGUGUGUGGCGCAGAGCACCGGGCAGGUCCAGUGCAAGGUCUACGAUUCCAUGCUGCAGCUCGGCCGGACCCUCCAGGCCACCCGUGCACUCAUGAUCAUCGGCAUCCUGCUGGGAGCCAUGGCGAUCCUGGCCUCCUGUGUGGGAAUGAAGUGCACCACCUGCUUUGCAGAUGAUGAAGAGAAGAAGGCGAAAGUUGCGGGCACUGGUGGCGUGCUCUUCAUUAUCUCAGGUCUUCUUGCACUGGUCGCCACGGCCUGGUUUGGAAACAACGUUGUGCGGGAGUUCUACGACCCCUUUACCCCGGUCAACACCCGGUUCGAGUUUGGCCAGGCCCUCUUCAUCGGCUGGGCAGCUGCCGCGCUCUCCAUGCUGGGCGGAGCUUUCCUCGCCUGCUCCUGUGCCAAAGGAGGGUCCUCGGGACGUCCCUACCCACGAUCUGCUCCAUCUGCCGCGAAGAACUAUGUGUAGGCUUGGCCAGGGGCUGAUGCGUCCCAUUGGGACUGACCACACACUGUGUGGCCCUGAGCUUUGCCAAGUAUUACCCUUGAUGAUGGUUCCUGCAAGGACAGGCAGGAACUGAAAGGGCUUUCUCUCUGUCGGAGGGUAUUAGUGUGAGAAUGUACGGCGGGUGCAGGCCUUUGCUGCCUGGUUCACGUCUCACCAAAGUCCAGUUCCACUGUCCGAACAUCAGACAUGAUGAGACGAGACAAGGGCAGAUGUGACCCAGUCUGCCUUGGCCCCGCAUGUGUCCAAUUUCACCUGUAAUAUCUUCUUUACACAUUGUAUUGCCAUUUUCAUUUCAAGUUAAUCGUAAGUAAUUGUCAGUUUCAGUAUUUAGAGCGUAGAUUUUAAGCCUUUCCUGCAACAUAUAAAAUCUGAACCAGCAUUUUUGGGAGGUUGGAUACAUCAGUGUCUGCUUCUGAGGUAACUGGGUGGUGGGACUUCGCAUUGCAAUGCUCAGAGAACCCCAGAAGAGUGCAGCCUUUCACCCAGACUGUGACUAGCUGUCUGCAUCACUUUGCAGCCCUGCUCAUCCUGAGCUUUUGCUUUAGUUGCCUUGCACAUCAACCUCAAAAAUUGUCUGGUGGGAACACUGGGAAGGGGGCUCCCUCGGCAUUUGUCUUGUUGAUGCUCAGUGAAAGGACCAGAAAGAUUCCUUCACAACCCUGGGUAGCUGAGGUGGUGCCAUAUCCCUGGUACUGAGUUAUCCUGUGUCAGCUGAUUCCCCUCGCAGAGUAGAUAGGGGAGCUGGGGCAGACACACCAGAGGGUGGUGGUGAGCUCACAGUUCACACAAGGUCCCCUGUGGGUGGGACACAGAUCUGACUUGGCUUCAACCAUCGGCUUCAGCAGAGCCCAGGAUGGCGAAGACCAAGGGCAGUGCAGCCCCUGACCCACAGGCAGACUCUGGGGUAGCUCACUGUUAGAUAAUCAAUGUUUGGACACAGCCUCUGAGUUCCAGCCAACCCGGUUCUGUCCCUUACACUGCUGUGUGGGACAGGUCCUCUGUCAGUGGUCCCUUUGUACGGUCAUCGAGUUGCAGCUGACAAAUACAAUGUGCACGGUGCUGUGACCAGAACCAUCAGGCACGUUGCCGCAUUUUUCAUCUGGGAUGGAGGCAAAUUGGGAACUUGGGCAAUUGUCUGAGUGUUGAGUUGAUUUCAUUUAAUGCAUCAAUUAGUGUGUUGUUCACAUCGCAAUCAGAAUCUUUUAAAAAAUAAAUCUGAAUUCUUAC